UGGGUAUCUACCGAGUACCUACAUGGAGGUACCUUGAUACUUCUGGGUGGGUAGCUAACCUUAAGGCACUACCCGAUCAUGUGUUAGAGCAGAAAGCCGGGUCAGAUCCAUUGUAGUACGGCUGAAUAUUCGUUGACGACGUCAAAUAUAUAUUCGUCAGCCCAUAUGUCAUGGACUAUAUAUACUAGCCCGGGGCUCCUAGGCUGAGGUGAGCACGCGAUGACGAGUAUGCCAGCUCUGACACUCUAUAUGCAGCUUUCGAACAGGCGAGAUGCCUUGUCCGCCACUGAUUCUCACGUAUCAUGCGCCAUCAUAAAGCAAUGUCGUGACUUGUACCGCGCGCCUAAAACCCAUGAUGCAAUCGCGGCUUAAAGUUAGGCUCGGCUGGGGGGCUGGAGGCUCGCCCUUGGAAGACGUCCCCCACAUGAGAAACUCACCUUGAGAGCUGCCCUCAGCUUCUCUUCCUACCCAACCAACCUUGCGCCUCCUCCACACGACAACACCCCCAGUCCAGAUUCUCGUAUUUGCCGCCGUACAUCAGCCGUACUUUACGCUCCAGCUGGCCAAAAUUGGUCUUCCUCUUUCCUACUGCCCUUUUCUUCCCCCCAACGACACCCGCAUCCCGUUGGGGGCCCAUAUGAACCGUGCGACAGGGUCUCGAGGUCGCAGAUUCCCCACAACUUCACCGCGCCCCCUCCGCCGCAUGCCCAUGGUGUUGCGGGAACAGUUCGAUCGAGAUGACCGCCUUUGUGCGCGUUUCAGGCCCGGCAAAUGGCAAUUUUCUCAUCGGAUACCCCGGUAUCUCUGCCACCAUGCCUCGAAUCGAAGGUAAAGUUGAGAUCCGGCCCAGCGUUGGUAUCUCCGCCCCGGUCAAUGUCUCCCUAGUCACCAUAUCCCUCCUACGCCGCGAGACCAUUCACCCCUCCGCCGACUCCGUCACAAAGAAGCGCCUGGCGCCGCCUCGCAAAGAAAUCACCGAUAUCGUGGGCAAAGAAAUGCUAUUAUUUCGAUGUCCUGCCGGGAAAGAGUAUGAGGAGGUCAUCGCCAUGGAUCUACCAUUCGUCCUAUUUAUCCCAUUCGGCCGCGGCGGUCGCGAUGCUUCACGAAGAGUUCCUCCCGCGAGCCUACAACUACCCAGUCGAACGGCCGAAACGUACUAUGAGAUGGUGGUGAUGGUGCAACAAGGGCACUCCGAACAACGCAAAUACACGUUCCCCGUCCCUAUCGCCCGCUACGACACCCUGUCCACCUUUGGCAUGUAUAAUCGCCCCGAGUCGGCCGAGCGGGUAUCCGAUCAUCUCGUCACAUUAGCCAUUUCAUUACCACGGUGGUCCUACGGUCCACUAGAUCCCGUCAGUGUCUAUGUUAAACUAUCGCCGAAUCAGGACUGGAUGGGUAAGGCCCGGAAAGUCACUAUCAGCAAGAUUACCAUCGGCAUCGACGAGGAGAUCAUAUACAAUCAUGAGGGCGAUGAGCCCCAGCGCAAGGUCAAGACCUUGGCUAAGAAGACGGAGACCAUAGGCGUCAGGUUACCCCAGUCCGGUUAUCUCACCAAUUUGGGAUUGGUGUUUCCAGCCAAGGACAUGCGGGAUGCGGAAGGUAUAUUGCCGCGCAGUCGGACGGCAUUUCCCAUGUAUGGCGUGAGUGGAUUCACGACGACGGCGAGUUUGUAUAAGAUUGAGUAUUACCUCACAGUGCGGGCACAUCUAACGUCUGCGCGAGACAUCACAAUUCGCCAACCGAUUGUGGUUUGCCCCCUUGACCACGCCGGUUGUAAAGAGGAGAUGGAAGCCAUCGAGCUCGCCGCACGAGACGCCGCUCAUGUGAACCCAGAUAACCCGAUGCUGCCAUUACCAUCCAUCGUUCGACCCAACGACCCCAACGCCCUCGAUCAUCUCGGAGUAGCCUUGGUUGGAAAUCAAAAGAAACCUCUGAUCGACUGAAGAUGCACCACAUGAUUGCAUUGGCUCGAAAUCUGUCGAUAUUCCAUCACACCUAUUUUACAUUCCUCGAGUGCAUUUCAAAUGCACUGAUCACACCUCAACAUGGAGACUCCCCGGCUGAAACUGCAGCAUCAAAACACUGCAAGAAGACACCGAAUGGGAUCCCAUUUUAUCACAGGCCCCGAACUACCCGGGUCGCCUCGCCGAAUACCAUGUCAUAUCAUGACUAACGAUUGCAUAGAGCUUGGAGUUUGUUGCAUGGCAUUCACGGAAGCUGGCUCAAAUUUAAUUCAAUAACAGGGGAACAGAGUGCUGGGAGGAGGACUCAUUACUCGUUGGGUUCGGGGUGUUGGGAGCUGAGGCGCCAAGAGUCUUGAUGUUGGAUCUCUCGCCUGUAUGACACAAUCCAGGUGCUUUCCCCCGGGUUUCCUCUUGUCCUAUCAUUCCUACAUUAAAUGCUCUCGCUUUGAUCUGUCCGAGUCGAUCUGAUUGAUUGAUCUACUUCCAACCCGCUCUCGAUAUCACAUUUUGAAUACUCGCGUAUCACUUUAUGGUGGUCGUAUCUAGGAAGAAUUGAAAUGUAAAUGUUUAAUCUUGCAUU